AUGACAACGAAAGAUAAGAAGUCUUUUAAGAAAUAUGCUAAGAAACAUUUGGCAACGGUGAUUGAGAACCGCCGUAAGAGCGCGAAAGCCAAGAAGGAAAAAUUGGAGCGUGUUGAGCGGAAAAAAAUGCGUGAAGUCAAAGAAGUUCAGCGUGAGGAGCGUGAACAUCAAGAGCAAUUAGAUCAUUUAAACGAAAUCGAUCCGGAGUUUUAUUCUUACCUGGAGGAGGAGGACCCGACACUCCUGCAGUUUGGCGAGGAAGACGUGGAGGUUGUGGAUGACGGCGUGGGCAGCGAUGCCGAGACUGAGGUGGAUGGUGAGGAUGAGGACAAUAAAGACGACGACGAAUAUAAGGCGAGAGACUCUUAUGUUGAGAAGAGUGCGAAGUGCUUCUCCGCAUCUCGCAUUACUCGAAAAGAAAUUGAACAUCUCGUCAAGGGGAGAAACAUUGAGGCAUGCGUUGAUAUUUUUGUGAGUGCCGUGCGGGAGUUGGGUUAUAACGUUAAGGAGAAUCCGAAGAUAAGUUCAACUCGUAAGUUUGACGACCCGUCGUUGGUGAAAGAGUCUGUGUUUCGCAUUGCACGCGCCAUUGGAUCAAACCUCAGCCAUUUCAUUACCGGGAAAGGCUCAUUCAAAUCAUACGAGACUCGUUUUUUGAUGAGGCGAUUGCUUAUUUCUCUUGUGACAAUUGUGUCAGAGGGAGGGAACGUGGACGCCGUACUAACAGCUGGUUUACUUCACGCCUUAACACCCUUUGUGCCCAUUUUACAUUACAUAAAAGGUAUUACGAAGUCUGUUUUGAGAGCAUCACUUUCACUGUGCUCAGCCUCAGAGGAAUCGGUACGUAUAGCAGCCUACGUUGUUGUUCGAGCGGUUGCAACACGUGCUACGGGGACAAGAUCCAUGUAUCAGUCUGCCGCCUUUAAGGGUAUAUUUCUUACUCUUGUGAAGAAAGCAUAUCACUAUAACAUCCACAAUGCGUCAUUGAUAGCCUUCCUUAUAAACUGCGUUGUUGAUUUGUAUGGUACUGACAUGGAGGCUGCAUACCAACACACAUUUGUUUAUCUUCGUCAAUUGGCGAUUUACCUUCGUUCUGCACUACAUCAGCAAACUCAGAGUAACGUAAGAGCUGUGGUAAACUGGCAAUAUCUGAACGCAUUACGUACUUGGGGCGCCGUCGUCUCAAAGUAUUCCGAGCCGUCACAACUAGGUCCACUUAUUCAUCCUAUUGUUCAAAUUGCACUUGGACUAAUGGAUCUUUUUUCAUCCCCUCGCAUGUUUCCUAUGCAUCUACAGGUCAUAGAGGUUCUUAAUCAUAUUUCUCUUCGUGCCGAUGGGGUUUUUAUUCCUGUGGCUCCGUACCUUUUGCGCAUGCUGACUUCACCGAGUAUUGCUUUGAAUCGUCCUACCCAAGGAGAAGGAGAAAAAUUUGAACGUGUGGACUUGCAGUUUACAAUCCGUAUGAAAAAGGCACAGUCGCGUAGUUCAAGUUAUCAUCAAAAUAUUUGUUUUGAGUGCCUUUAUCUCCUUACAGAGCAUUUGGCAACGCAUAGCCACACUCUUGGUUUUCCAGAGGCUUUCUGGGUUGUGGAAACGACUCUUAAACGGUUGCGUAGCGAGGUGAAAAUACCGAAGAUUCACUCACAAUUGACCAUUCUUCUUCGUCACAUGCAAACAACAACUCAACGCAUUAUAGCACGACGCGAUCAGGCGGGCAAUGGUCCAUGCGACCUGGCAGCGGUGAAGCAGCUGGAGGAUGAAUUAAAAGCUGCUGGAAAUCCGUUGUCGACAUAUCAUCAAAUGCUUCGCCAGCAACGAGUUGAAUCAUUUGCCACGAAACAGAAGAAUGCAAAUGGAGGGGAGCGCACGACGUUAGAGGCGAUGAUGGAGGGAGGGAGAGAGAGAAAAAGCCGUAAACGUUCGGUACGUGCUUUUGAUGUUUAA